AUGAAUAACCAAGAAGUUACCUAUGCAGAACUCAGUCAGGUUAAGGGUUCAAGACGACAGCAAGUGAAAGCUAAGGACACUAAAAGUGGCAUUUUGGGAACAGAGCAGGAAAUAACCUAUGUAGAAUUAAAUCUUCAAGAUGUUUCUCGGGAUCUUCAAGGGAAUGGCAAGAACUUCCAGUGGAAAGGGAAGCUCAUUGCUGACAUUCUGGGAAUCAUCUGCUUUGUCUUGAUGUCCACUGUGGUCACAAUAGCUGUUGUUCACUUUACUACAGGACCAGUGCAGAACAAGGCGUCUGUGGAAAUAACGACCCAGAAAGCUGAUCCAUGUUGUCAUUGUCCAAAAGAGUGGAUUACAUAUUCCAAAACUUGCUAUUACAUUAGCACUGAAAGAAAACCAUGGAAUGAAAGUCGGUUGUCCUGUGCUAAGAACUCUACCCUGCUCUCCAUAGAGGAUGAAGAGGAAAUGUAUUUGUUGAGCUUCCUCAUUUGUUCUUCAUGGAUUAGUAGAGAUUUCCAGAACAUCAGUAUUAAUUCAUCUGUGUGGCCAAAAGUCUCCACCUCCUUUCCUAAAGUGUCAUCAAUUUCUUCAGAGAGUGACAAGAAGUGUCCCUUUUUCAACUUUGACUCAAAGAAAACUUCUUUUGAAUCCUGCUUGAAUCAAAAAAAAUAUGUUUGUAAGCUCUGGGCAUUUUAGUCACCUAAUUUUGGUAUAAUGCUAUCUUACUAACUAUAAAGAACAUAUUUCUUAUUUUUUCAAAAGUCAUACAAUUAUUAUCUCAUAAUAUACUUCAGAUAUAAUUUUUAGAGCAAUUUUCAGUUCACAACAAAUUAAGAAGAAGGUACAGAGAUUUCCUCUAUUACCCCUAAAUACACAAGUGCAUGGCCGCACCAGUUAUCAGCAUCACUCACUAGAAUGUUUUUUUACUGAAGGUCCCACUAAGUUGGCUGAAGAGUGGGGGACUCCAUUUCAACCAGUCUCCUAAAUUUAGCUAGGAAUCUACCAAGCCACUUUGGACACCCAUGAAAUCAGCCUGAGAUAUAAGAUUAUACAUGUCUGGAUCUCUAUGGGGGCUAAGGAUCAUCCGUGGAGAGGUUCAAAAGAUGGAGUUGGGUUUGCACAGACAGAUGUUGCAGGACAGAAGGGGGGAGAGCCAAAAGAAACCAGCCAUUGGAAAUUAAUACCCCAGGUCAAAAGCACCCUGGGCUCGGGCUUGGAGAUAGGUGGCUGCAAGACAGGAAGGGACUGAUAACACUGUUCAAAAAGAACAAAGGGGCUUAAGGGACAACUGCAGGGACCAGGUGGCCUAGAUGUGGACACAUGGACUGGCCACGACCACUGCCCACCUGUGCCUGAGAGGACCCAGUGGGGAUUUGAGUCAGUGGUCCCUGGGGCUUGGCAGCUAAUGCUGCCACCAUAGUCACCUCCGCCACUACUGCUGCCACUGCAGCUGAAAGGACCCAACUUUGUCUGGAGACCACCGUCCUGGGAGCAGCAGCCACCAGGCCAGGGCUUGCCCAAACUGUUAUCACUCAUGUUUUUUGUGGCACGGGGGUACAGAGACAAGUGGGGGUCUCAGCUGGCCACUGAGAGGGAGACUGGGAAUGCACACCACCUGUGAGAGGUUGCAUUAUUCAAUGGGGUUUGCAGAAGGGGCCUCUGUGUUUUGGACAAUUCAGAGAGGAGCAGAGGGUGGCUUCUCCUUGAGGCAGAGGUCUGGAUGUGGACAGUUUACUUUGCUCUGAACCUCCAAAAUGGCAUGAAAAGCCACCAGAUAAGAAAAGCCAAGAACAAAAGCCUGAAAAACCAGGUUCCAUAACACCCAGUCCCAUGAUAGGAACCAGGGCAAAUCCACCCAACUGGAUUAACUGAAAAACAACACAGCAGAACCCUCCCUGCAGAA